UGUUUUUUUUCUUGAACUAAUUCUCUCAUUAGUCGCCUUGGAAAUCUUGCCCUUUGAACUGUUUAACGUGGCUUGUUACAGAAUUGAAUGACGCAAAUGUAACUUUGGCUACAGGAGAGUUGGCUUGGUUGCGGCGCGAGGAAGGAAUGGCAAGAGAAGGAAUGAAAAGAAGUUGGAAUUAAGGAAAGGAGAAAAAAAAAUAUAAGGAAUCUAUACAAUAAAAAGAACGGAAACAUAAAUUAAAUACCAGCAGAACAUAAGCGAUAUUGGACAACGUUCGUUUUCGUCCACGAAGCCCAGAUGGGACGAUGGAGAGAACAGCGAUAACUUAAUGAGAAAAAAAUAUCGCCGUGUGACUGGAACCCCAGCGGUAUAACGGAGAUCUGAACAAGCAGUUUCGCAUUUCAAACUCUCAACUCUCGUCUCCGUCGUAAGAGUAAAUGGGUGCCUCGAUACCUUGAGUAAUUACAAAGAAAUACAAUGAGUCACCUUUAGUGACGUGUACUACGGGGCUUUGAGACAAACGGAGAGCGAGCGGGACGGGAGCGCUGAAUUUGAGGGAAGCCACCAUUCGCCAGACGACAGCCGUAUCGAAAAGGUGCCGCGCCAUUUGGGUUUACACGAGCCUUCUUGAUAAAGGUGUACAAUACAGGCAUGGGAAGAUAAAGAGCUUACAACGUAUAUACAUAUAUACUGAGGGGGAAAGAGCGAAUCAGCACUGGAAGGAAACCGAGAAUAUCCCCACGCAUCUCUACAUCAGCUGACUCGAUUGUCGGAUCGCGAAUCAGCUCGCGGGGUAGCAUUACUCGUGUCGCCCGCCCGCUGUAAUGCAACGCCUGUGACAGGAACGCCCACCCCCAACGCCCAACACACCAAGUCCAGCACCGUGAGAUCUCAGACGCCAAUAUCCAUAGUCUAAGUGCGUGAAUCCUGUAGCGACAAGGAUACGUGAAGAAAAGGGUGAUAGAAAUAGAGGAGAUAAGGGAAGCCAAACUACGGGAUCGGGGUAGGCCAAACGAGAUUAUCCAGCCAGUGAUUUGGUCAGAGUUGUACUGCUGCUGCCCUCAUUCUUCCUGCGAAGCGACGCACGGCCUGGUGGAGACGGCGGCGGCGGGGGGGCGAGAGAGGGAGAGCGAGAACUGCCACCCAGCGAUGCGGGCUAAUCUCAUGAUUGGUGGAACAAGGGCAUCCCGGAUCGCGCCGUAAGGACUUUAGAUUCCCUUAAGGAACUGCUUCUCUCUGCCACUCCUUCAACUAGCAUUGUUCUUUCUCUUCAGAUAAGAGAGAUACAAACUGAUAAGCAGAAAUGUUCUUCCCCGCCUGACAGAGAAACGAGUGUUGUCCCGGAACCAAGUUGAUUAGUAAAUUAAUUUCUGUUUCCUAUUUUCGUUAAGGAAGAACGAGCUGCAUAAGCUCCAGCAACUAUUGUUUGCCUUGUAACUCUCAGAGCUUUAAUGUUUUAUUUGGUAGUGUGAAUAUUUUUCAUCGUUGCAUUUAUGCUAGUCUGCUUUUAUUUAGAGAAAGAUAUAUAUGUAUAUAUUAUAUAUGAAGUAUAUCUAGGAAUUAAUAUAUAAACACGUAUAUUUAAAAGUAUGUCAUAACUGAUACAAGUAAACCGUCUUUGUGCAUUACUUUCUUGUGGAGCGAGAAAAUGAAAAUGUCUGUGGCAAACGGAAAAGGAAAGAAAAUAUAGGCAAUAGUUUCUUAGGCGUCAAGAGCACUCAGUGACCGGGAGGCGCGUUCAGUGCCAAGCGCCUCUUUACUCAAGACUGUUUACUACCCACCCCCUCCUCCCCACCCACCACACACAAACACACACCUCGGGACUACCAUUUCGAAGUCCUGCCAGUCAGCAAACCAAGGACUUCUGCCAACGCGCGAGGCACAGUGCCAACACUACUAAGAGCAGUGCCAGGCUGAUAAAGGGCAGCGUCAUCAUUGCAGUCAACUGAGGUCAUUUGCCCAGACCUUAUGAGCGAUUGCUACUAGCGCUAUCAAGACGGCAGCGAGUAUCAAGAAGGGUCUCGACAGCGCCUUCACCAUGAAGGGCGGGGCGGGGCAAGGGCGGUUGGUCCUGCUACUCAUGCUGCUGCUGUUCGCGCUGACACAGAGCCUUAUGUUCCCCCCGACGCCCGGUGACCACUGUAGCGACAACAUCGACUGCACGAGCGGGUGUUGCCUCAUGACGGGUCGCCGGCAUCGUCGUCCCACCGGAGUGUGUCAGCCCCUGCGGCAAAUAGGGGAAUACUGCGCGCCUGGCAACCGUCUUCGAGAUUUCUAUGGAUCGCGGGUGUAUACGUAUUCCUGUCCCUGCGGCGCGGCUCUCACCUGCAAGCCAGCGUGGUCCUCCAAGCUCUAUGGGCUGAGUGUGAUGGAGGAACCCAAAUGCAUGCCAGAAACUAUGCACCCUUACGUACUAGCCAUGAAAGGCUACGGAUACAACACCAACAGUCGGCAUUCGAACUCUAUCGACAUUGUGCCUGCAGAAUAGAUCCCUCAUUCCUGUAUAUAGGAUCUGUUGACUCUAAAUAUGUGUUUAGAAGGCCCAAAGACUGUACAGAAAUCACGCAAGAGUUGUGUAACUGUAAAUGCGACCUAUAAAACUGAUAUAUAUUGAUAAACAUAUGAAGGCUUUAUGAGAAAGUUGCAGAUUAAGUAGUUUGUUUGGAAACUAUAUAUUUGAAAUCGAAAAUUCGAUAUGAUAUGUGAUGAGUAGCUAGCUAUGUCUGGUAUGAAUAUAUAAAGAUCUAUCCAUGUCACUUGCGUAUGGUUACAAGAUGAAGCACAAUUCACGAAAUGUAGAAUUUGUCUGUCUGCUAAUUUCCACAUCUGAAAAUCUGACUCAUGUUAGUCAUAAAUUAAAAGUAAACUCAAGUAAAUGAAAACUAUAUUUACAUGCAAGAUGCUUAGAUAUUCGCUUGGGCAGACAUUAUUGUUGAUGCUGUGGUUCCCAAAUAGUAUUAGUAUUAGGUCGUGAAGAGAAAUUCUAAAUGGAAUUUCAGUUUGAAAAAAUACAUUUCCUUUGGUCUUUUUUUUUCUUUUGUCUGAGGGACAUUUUGUUUACGUCAACAGGGAAGGUCACGAAAAAGUUAUGCAAGCACCAAAGAAAAUUUACAUGUACUUCAUGCACUGAACUUGGUUGGUGAGAGGAUUCUAUUCUUCAGUAAUGUAAAUUUACCUUGUGAGUAGAAUAGGAAUGUAUUACCAAUGGAGUUUUAUAGAAUUCAGCACAACUUAAUUUAGGAAAGUAUAUUUAGAUUCAUCUCUUCAAAUGAGCUUUGGUAAAGUUUAAUAUUUAUCUGAGCAGAGCUUUAAUAUCAACACUUACUCUAGUUUCAAGUGCCCUAGGAUGACCAUCUUUUUAUAAAUUAACUUGAUAAAUGAAAUAUGCUUUUUGUGCCUUGAUUUCAUAACAUUUAAUCAUCAUUUUUUGUGUUAGUCAUGCUCAUGUAUACAACUUUUCUGAGAAACAUGUAAGAUGGCUCUGGAAUGUUUGCCUAAAGCCUCUCAUGCAUUCAUGUCAUACACCGAUAGCAUUUUGACUGUAAACUUGCUCGCAGGAAGCUGGAAGAACGAUGCUUAUAGACUUUUCUUGUCUUUUUUUACUGAAAUAUUUCCACAUUAUAUGGGUUAUUGAAAUGAUCACCUAUGCUGGACAGGAUUAAUAAUUUCAUAAAUCUAAAA